ACAUUUUUUUCUGCCUAUUCUUUUGCGUCCAGGUCACGUGACUUUCAAGAUUCCGGCCGUGAGAACAAAAACAUGGCGGACAUUUCGCUCAUUUUUAGUGAAAGAAAUCAAUAUUUUGAGUAUGAUUCUGCAUAAAAAUGCGUUUUGAUUACAUUUCUAGCGAGAAAUAUAUAUUUUAAUUUCAUAAUAUUCACUUAGUGAAUGUACAUAAUCACUCGCUUGCUCGUUGUUGCGAAGAUUAUUCAGAUCUCUCCAGAAAAAUGUGAAACUGAUUUGGUUGUGGCCCCAGAUUACACAUAGGACACCCUUGCGAUCUGACGGAUCAAACCCUCGACAACUACAUGCCUUGCGUCUGAGGUUGAUUUGCCGAUCGACACAUUAUUCUGUGGCAGCGGGAGAAACUAAUAUUGACAAAGUGACGAGUUACGAUCAAAUGUCCGCUGUGUUUAAUUUUGAAAUCUACCGGAUCCUGUAACUUCCUGUGUGGUGCGAUCUCAUUGAUGGGGUUUGGCGCGUCAUGGGCCCACGAAGAAUAAGGGGACGAAGAAGAAGAAGAAGACGAAGAAGAAGAAGACGAAGAAGAAGAAGAAGAAGAAGACGAAGAAGAGGAAAUAAACGAGGAAAAGGAAGCGUGGAAAAGUAACUUGACCAAGCUGUGCAAAUGAAUCAACUUGACCCCGACGAUGCCAUAUUCCUGGUUGAUGCGUUCCUGGAUGAAUGCAAGGUGGAUCAGCAUGAACACACAAAAGAAGGAUCAGAGAAAUCCACAAAGUUGUGUGUUUGGCUUGAUGAGGACAAAGAUGGUCAACCUCUGCCAAAAAGAAGUAGAGCUGGGGAAAAACGAAAGCGAGAUUCAGCCACUGUUUCUUCAGCAAGUGUAAAACCCUCCUGUUCUCACUCUCAAGACACAACUGAAGAAAAUGUGACCAUCGAAAAUUUAGAUUCCCUCGUUCAAGAUGUGCGAGACCUCUUAGGAAGUGGUCCUGAACAACCUCUGCCCUCGCACUGGAGGAACAGGCAAACUUCCUCUCUGGAAAAUUGGACAGUGCUGAGGCCCUUCAUGGUGAACAAUAUGUUGUCAUCUGAGAAGCCCAAGGAGGGGGUUUGCCAUCAUUGUGGACACAACGCUGCAGUAGUGAUGUGUAGGGACUGUUUACCACGAUCACUCUACUGCACAGCCUGUGACCUUUCCACACAUGAGGCCCUGGUGCUUCAUAACAGAGCAUCCAUGGUGGAGGGGUUCUUCAGACACCUGCCACCAUCCACUUUUGUUCAGCAGCAUGAGGGAGGGAAAUUCUCCUAUCAUGAAAAAGAUUGCAUGUUACCAAUCGUUCCUCCCUGCUGUGACUGCUCCACUGGGCAAACAAGCUUGUCCAAGGGCAAGGCAGUUAUUUUAAUUGGAAUGAAUGGAAGAUACAACCUCUUCCUUCCAUCAGUAAACUGCUCCUGUGGAAAAACCUUGUCAGUGACUAUAAGCGAUCUGGUUGAAAGUGGUUACUGGCCAGCCACUGUCAAUUUUGAGACCUUGUACAUGGUGGACUUGUUCACCACGUAUGAGGAUCUAAAAAUCACUGCCCCAGGGAUGUCACGACAAGCUUUUGUCAGCAUGCUCGAGUGUCGAACGAAACUCUUCGGGCGAAGUGGUAAGAUAUGUGGGGACACAAUGCAGAGGGCCUUCCUCGAAUGGGCCUAUGCCAAAUUUGAGGUUGAAAAGCUGUCUCAGGUCCAGCAUUUUCAGUGCCCUGCAUGCACACCCUCCAUGUUGGCAGUUGCAGUGGAUGGGAACCGCAAAUUAUAUCGUUUCAAAAGCCAACCAGGACCUGAUGGGUUUUUUGAUGGAGUCUUUUUGGCCAGUGAUGCUGAGGUGUCCUCCUUUGUUGAUUACAUCCAUGGAACAACUGGACAUAAUCCAGGGAAAGGGAGAUGUGGUGCGGGUCAGUGGACAGCAGCACGAGAGUCUGCCAGCAAGUCUGCAAGCAAACUAGACGAGGAAGGUGUUGAAGUUGCUGUCUGCCGUCAUGGGGUCUUGCUGAAGGGACUGAAUAUGUUCCGUGGAGAAAUAUUUGCAUACCCAUUAUAUCUCCAGAAACAGCUAGCUUCACAGACCGUCCAGUUUUUUUGCUCUGAUGUGGUCUGCAAAUAUUGGCCAUAUCUGCAGAGAGUUGUGGACCACUGCCAGAGUUGGAGGACUUGCUGAACAUGCGCCCAUUUCUCUCCAUCAUGCAUGCAAAAGCGCAUUCUUGGAUGUGUGAGUUAAAAUGGGGGGGACGCAAUCAGGAAGGAGCUGGAACAACAAUCGGGGAGGAGGUUGAACAGGUUAACAGCUUCCUCUCCCGAGCAGCCAUCCGUUCCAAGUACAUGUCAAAAGCCGUUCGCACAGACAUGCUGACAAUCCAGGCAAGUGGCUGGAACAAGCGAAAGGCGGAAAACCUUGACCGGACACUGGCCAAAAGAUACAUCAAGACUGUACAAAGGAUUACAGAGGCAACAAAGGACCUGGAGAAACUCACCGCAGAGUUGUCUAUACAGCAAGACAUAGUCCAGCAGUGGGUGUCUGAUGUUCAGCAGUGGACCUCAGGAGCAACAACCCAAAAUGACCUGCAGAGGACCAUCGAGGGGUUAUAUUUGGGCAUCAAACAGCGAAAAUUUCAGCUGUAUCGUCAGUCUGGUGGGAAUAAACGAAGGCAUCAACUGAGAAAAAAGAUUGCUCUUGAGAAAAAAGCCUUGGAAGUUGCCAUCAAUGACCAUAAUACUACUGUGGGGGAAGUUGGAAAACUCCCUCCUCCCAAUGAACUCCUGGCUGUGGACAACUACUCCUGGCCAUGG